AUGCAAGUCGCAUUCCUUAUGCUGUUGGGCCUCGCCACGGCGAGUAUCAUCCAAAAUGGACAGCUGCGUGAGAAUCCUUACCCGGGCCAGACGGACGCGAUUGCGCUCGACGCGUCGUGGAGGACGUAUGCUCCGGAUGCGGUAGAGAUUGGGUAUAAAGGGCGGUGGGAUAGUAAACACGUUUCUUGGUGGUCUGCCCCCGGGGUUAAAUUCGAUUUUACGGGAAAUCAGGUCGCGCUCGGAUUUGGUCCUCAGACGUCUGAGGGUGUGCUUGUGGCGUAUCGUAUCGCCGGUCUGGACUGGGAGUUCUCCAACGUAACGGCCGGCUCGAUUCACCAGUUCGUGGGACCAGAGACUACUGUCAAAACCGAGCAGACCACAUUCGAGCUUCGGGUCACCAACUGGGCCUAUGGAGUCCAACUAAACAACGUCUCCGUCGGCCACGACUCCCGGCUAAUCAAAACCCCCGAGUUGGAAAAGAAUGUUGAGAUUAUUGGCGAUUCACUGGCAUCGGGACAAUACGGCACCUACGAAGGCCUCUCUUCCUGGGCCUUUGCAUUUGCUGCAGGACUAGGAAACGUUGACUACUCCAUCACGGCAUACCCGGGGAUCUGUCUCCAAGACAAAGAAUGCUAUGAUAAUGCCCGCGGAAUGACAUAUCAAUGGAAACAAGCCUCCGACUGCGGCGCCCGCGCCAAAAAGACCUACGGCGCGAGCCCCGAACCGUGGAACGUGAGCGACCAUCGCGCCGCUGACUUGGUCGUCAUUAAUUUGGGGACAAACGAUCACCGCAAGGGCAACGAGGUCGCACCGGACGACUUUUACGAUAGCUACGUGAAGCUGAUUGAGGAGGUCCAUGAGGCGUGGCCGCAGGCGAAUAUCAUUAUCAUGUCACUCUGGGGCACUUUCGACUCCAAGCAGGACACCUACGUUCAGGUACCGCUGUACGUGCGAGCCCUGAAACGGGUAUUCGAGCGGUUCCGAGAAAGCGGGUUCGUGCACUACUUUGAUACCACAGGGAUCCUCCACCACAAUGACGUGAAUCCGAAGGAUCACCCAACGGACGUGGGGCAUAUCAAGAUCGCGAGCCAUCUGAUGCAGUUUGUAAAGUUGCGGCUUGGGUGGGAAUUUGCGGCGUCGGGGCCGGAGGUCGAGCAUGAUACGUUGUAUUGGAAUGAUGAAGCUGGAUAUUGAGUCGAUUGUGGUUGGUGCAUCUCUUGGCAUUGUUGCUGUCAGGCUGACGACGCGGGGGCUGCCUGGUAGCCUGGCCGAUGCAGUGUAUAUAUACUUUCAAACCUUCAUUGCAUCUUUUUCUUUACUCCAUCUAUCUAAGCAUUGUCAC